AUAUAUACUAGGGUUGUAAUUCCAUAAAUGUUAAGAAUACAAAAACACUUAUUCUUCCAUAUCUUCCUUUUCUUCAUGGUAUCAGAGGAGGUCUUUUUUAUUCUUCGUUUUGUUUUCUAAAUGGCCGAAAUCACUCCAAUCAUGUCCGACUCAGGCAGUCCCUCGGCCUCUCUACCUUCAAAUACUUUUGAUGUUCAUACAAACCAACGAUUAUGUUCGGUUUUGUUGAAUGAGUUCAAUUAUCUUCCUUGGUCAAGAUCUGUGCAGUUAGCUCUUGGUGGAAGAUCAAAGCUUGAGUUUAUUGACAAAAGUACUGUUGUUCCUGAUGUCAAUUCUUCUCAGUAUAAAUCUUGGAUUGCCCAAGAUAAGAUGGUGCAGACAUGGCUACUUAAUUCUAUGGAAUUACAUGUUGCUGAAAUUUUCAGUUAUUAUGAAUCUUCUGCAGAUUUAUGGGAUGCUGUUAAAGAGAUGUAUGGAAAUCAAAAUAACGCGGCACGAGUUUUUCAACUCAAAAGAGACAUUGCAUGUCUUCAACAGGAAGGGAGUGUUUGUGCUACUAUUCAACGGGAAGAAGUCCGAAGAAAGGUCAUGAAUUGUAACCUCAAAACUGAGGUAUCUGAAGCCCGAGCAUAUAUGUUCAAUCAUAAACGAUCUGAAGAAAGAAGUUACAAGGGAAAGAGACCUGAGUUGAAGUGCAAUCAUUGUCAUAAUCUUGGUCAUACAGUGGACCGAUGUUGGGUACUUCAUCCUGAAUUGAAGCCUAAGUUUCCGAGAGAGAAAAUGCCUCAGAAACGGACUCAACCUUCGGGAUAUAAGGCUAAUCAUGUUACAACCAUGGCUGGAGAUGGAUUGUCAAGGUUCUCCUCAAGUCCAAUAACUCUUAUUAAUGAGUUUGCUUCUUAUCUUCAAGCAAAGCAAGGUGAAUCUGAUAACAAUGGGAAGUCAGCUGCCUUACUUGGUCAAUUUGCUGGAUUUCUAUCUGAAGAUAAAAAUGGUGCAACUGAUGACACAAAUAAUCCUACAAAUCUGUUUGAGUUUAAGUUCUUAUCUCCACCUUCCCAAAUAUGUGUUGCUAAUGGUAAUACUGUAUCUGUUGUUGGACAGGGAAAGAUUCACCUGGUUGUAUCUCUUGAGAUCAAAAAGUGA